AUGUUUAAUGUUGUAACAGCGCCACCUAAUGCCACAGAUCUUGAAAGAUUCUGGAAGUUAGAAUCUAUGGGAAUAUUAGAAGAUGAUACUGAGAAAUCUACUUCCGGUAUACUUAACGAGUAUAAAGAAAACUGUAUCAAGUACAAAGAUGGACGUUAUGUUGCAAAACUGCCCUGGAAAGAAGAUCAUUCCGUACUUCCUACAAAUUACGAAAUUUGCAGAAAGCGUACAGAAAACACAAUUAAACGACUUUCAAUAGAAACGGAUAUACUAAAAAACUAUGGACAAAUCAUAGAAGAUCAGUUAAAACGCGGUUUUAUUGAAAAGUGUGAUGCAAAUGUUACCACAUCAAACCCUGUACAUUAUAUUCCACAUCAUUAUGUAAAGAAGGACUCGAACACGACACCUAUCCGCAUCGUGUAUAACUGCAGUUGUAAGUCACGUGACCAGCCUAGUCUGAACGAUUGCUUGAUGUCUACACCACCUGAACUGAAUGAUUUAACUGGUAUUCUUAUUCGUUUUCGAAUGAAUAAAUACGCCAUAGCAACCGAUAUUGAUAAAGCUUUCCUCAACAUUACUCUUGACGAGAACGACCGAGAUGUGACGCGAUUUCUAUGGCUCAGUGAUCCUAGUAACCCCAACAGCGAAUUCCGAGCAGUCCUUUUUGGGGCUACAUCGUCCCCUUUUAUUCUCUGCGCAACUAUACUUAAGCACCUUGAACUUAACAACGACAAGAAAGCUAGCAAAUACCUACGUCAAGAUCUAUACGUUGAUAACGUGAUAUCAAGUUUCCAACAGGAAGAACAACUUCUACACCGAGUCUCGUGA